AAGACAACUCGCUCUUCUGAACGAGAAGCUAAAAUCAUUGAGCUAUGCGUUAAAUAAUCUAUUUGUGGCUUUUCAGUCUUAGUUUUUUGCCACCAACAGCAUGAAGUGUUGAAGUCUAGUUCGUUUGUGAGUGUGAUCGUGUGAGUGUGAAAUCGUACCACGCAGUGUUUCGAGCGUUCCAUUACAGCACUAUAGCCAAACCAUCUUCGAUCGUUUCAUCGAGCGAAUGGCUGUCUCAACCUAGUAAGCUAAUUAUUUUAACCGCCAGUGACAGUAAGGCAUGAAAAGGUAAUCUCGUCUAGUAGUGGUGUGAACAUAGAAGAAAUACGUGAUCGUUGAACAUCCAGCACAGUGGCAGUGUUUUCUUGUAUGGACCAGCUCAAUGUUGGCUGAUUAAAAUCACCCAUUAGUAUGAUGCUAUCGUCUUUGAAUUUAUCUCUGAUGAAGCCAAGGAUGCACAACGUGCAUUAAUUGUGUCCGCGUCCGCGCAGCGAGCUGGUGAAUAUAUCAUCUUAUGAAAAGCAGAUUAACGUAAAAGAAGGUGGAAUAUGCCAGUCACAUCAACGUACUCGUCUAGUGGUAGUCGAUACAUUCAACCAUCUGCAAGCCAAUUCUCAAAAUCAAGUUUCUCCGACCGUGUAUACUACUCACCGCUAUUGAACAGUACUAAGACUAGCAGUUUUCGAAACAGUAGUCUUUAUCGAAACAGUACAACGACAAGCUUGAGAAAUACUAGUAGCUACGUUUCGAAUAUACGUAACACAGCGUUAUGUGGAGCUGAAAUCUAUCAACGAUAUAGUCUUUCGACGUAUAAACCUGCUGCUAGUGUUUCAUCACGUAUAACUCAGUUGAGUUUAGCAUAUUCUGGGAGGUUUCCCAAAGCGAAUUCCGUAAGCUCGUCAUUACAAACAUCGAUUACUGAUUCAUCAGAAGAAAAGCUUCACAACAGCAGAAGCAAGGAGGAAACGGUCAAUCUACGUGCACAGUCCUCUUUAGAGAGUUCAUCGAAUUCAAGUUACAAUAGUCAAUCAAUCCAUAAACACUGUGAUGCAAAAGAUUCAAUUGAUUCUUGCAUACAAUCGUCAUCUGCGAUAGUGACUGCAACUGUAACGACUGAUGAUUUAAUGAGAGAAGGAUACAAAGAAAAAGAAAUCAUUGCCAGUGACUCUGCAAAUCUACAUGUUACGGCAACAAUACGUAUAAAGCCGCAAAGCAAUAUCAGGAAAGAUGCCAAUGCCAAUGCUAAUAGUAUCAUGGAACAAAAAUGUGAACAAGUGAAAAGAAAUGUGUCAGCUUCUGAUAAAACAUCGAAAAAUAAUACCAUCUUAACAUGGGCCACUGAAAAUCCUUGUGAUGAUGUAUCAAGCGAAAAAAAUCAAUUCAAUCGAAUCCCUAAGCGUAGCAACGUAUUGGUUGGAAGUGAUAGAAUUCGAAAUGUGACGAAAAAUGUUACGGAAGAUGUGCUCAUACCUGCAACAUUAAAUGAAGCUAGUAAGGAAACAGAUAGAGCCGUGAACAAAAGCAUUGAAACAAGCAAAGAAUGCGAAGAUGAUCAGGCCACUCAACUUCAAUCCAGAAUAAACUUGAACAAACAACAAAUAUCGCCACAAAAAAAUGAACGCGAAGAUGACCAAUAUCCUAAUAAAGAAUCAUCGCCAUCAUCUGCUAGACAUAUAAAACCCAGUUUUAAUUAUGAAAGAUGUACAGAAUUCAAUGAUUCUUUACGGAACACAAGAGAAGGUUUAUGUGGUCUGUGGAAUAUUGGUAAUACUUGCUUCAUGAACUCAAUGAUUCAAUGCCUCAGCCACACCCGAGAACUUACAUCAUUUCUACGAGGUCUAUCAUCAUCCGAACGAGGUACUAGUAAAGAUCAUCUUAUAUUAGCAGAAUACACGAAGCUUAUCAAAAAUAUGUGGAGUGGAACACAACGGAGCAUUAAUCCAUCCGACCUAAAAUACGCUUUCUCUAGCAAACACCGAAUGUAUUCAGGAUCAGCCCAACAAGAUGCCCAAGAGUUUUUAAGGUUUUUCUUAGAUUCUUUACAUGGUGCUUUGAAUGCAGCUAUCAAGCGGGAUACCUUAUCUGAAAUUGACGAUGACAUGAACAACAAGGAUAAAGCAGAUAUGCUGUGGGAAUGGUAUUCUAAGGCAGAAAACUCAAUGAUAAAGGACCUGUUUGUCGGGCAGUUAAGAAGUACGCUCAAGUGUACGUUUUGCAAUAUGGAAAGUACCAUGUUCGAUCCAUUUUGGGAUUUAAGUCUACCUCUACCAUCAUCAAGUUCCCGUUGCAAGCUGGAAAACUGUCUCGAAAUGUUUAUCAAGGAGGAGAUUAUGGAUGGAAUAGAUCAACCUACGUGUUCGAAUUGCGAUACACGUCGAAAAUGCACUAAAAGAUUGACGAUCGAACGUUUUCCACGGUAUUUAGUAAUACAUCUUAAAAGAUUUUCGGAAGCACGUUGGAGCAAAUUGACCAAUAUUGUUGAGUUUCCUACCAAAAAUCGAGCUCUUAAUCUGCAACCUUAUGCCUCUGAAGACAUUUCGGGACCAAUAUACUAUUCACUGUAUGGAAUUUCGAAUCAUAUGGGAUCUACUGCUGGUGGGCAUUACGUAGCUGUUUGCAAACACCCACAAACUCAACAAUGGAAUGAGUUUAAUGAUAACUAUGUCACAGAGGCGUUCGAGCGUAAUUUGGUCACCUCAAAUGCAUAUGUUUUAUUUUACGAACGAACAUAGGAAAUUUCUUGUUUAUUUUUUAUUUUUUGUUUAAUCUUAAUGGUAGUUUCUUUUAAUGUUAGCGCAAUAGACAAAGUCCUUAUAACUAUUCAAGUGAUUAACAAUAAACUCAUGAAAGAACUCUUGAAACAAAGACAAAAACAGCCCUCAAAUUAACGACAUUAACCUUAUGUGUAGAAGCGGAUUAAACAGUUAGAAGACUGUUCAUGCUCAUUUUUGACAACCUUACAAAGAACCCAUGCUCAUGUAAUGCUCAAAUAAAAAAAUAAAGAAAAUCUUGCACAUAAAAGAG